AUGGUGCCCACUCUUACCAACGUGGCUGCUGGGAUCCCCAGCAGCAAAGUGAAAUACUCGAAGCUCUCCAGCCCUGACGGUGGACACAUGAGCUUAAAGUUUAAGAAGAGCCCUACUAACAUUCCUUAUAAGGCCAUUGCCUGCGCCACCUUACAAUUUUUGAUUGGUGCUUUUCUCAUUAUUACGGGCUGCCUGCUGCUGGCAGGCUACAUCAGCAAAACUGGCGCCAACCGAGCAUUUCCAGUUCUGACUGUUGGCAUCCUCGUGUCCCUCCCGGGGUGUUACCACCUGAUCAUCGCCUACAAAGCGCACCGAGGCUGCCAGGGCUACUCCUACCGCGAUCUUCCCGACUGCGAUGACUAG